AUGGAUCGCCACAGGAAAGGCAUCCUGAGGAAGUGCUUUUCUUCUUCAGAUUCGGCUUCUCCAAGGCGCGGAUGGAGUUCGGCUGAGGAGUCUCGUCCCUUGAAAAGAGCCUGGAAGGCUCCCAGCAGUAUGUUAGACUCCAGCCUGGAGCGCUUCCCGGAGGAGUCCCCUGUGGACAGGAAGAGAGCCAGGAGAGCCCCAGUCAGUCCUGCUUCUUGUUCGGCUCAUCCUUCCUCUUCAAAGCCUCUCUCGCCUCCUUCAGAAGGAGAUCAGGAAGAUUCUACGAAGCGGAUCCUUGUCAACCUACAGGAACAACUGUCUACGUUGAUGGGUGCUUUGGUGAAGGACCCUCCCCGCAAGAAGGACAUCACACUCCCGAUUAAGAAGUCUAAGCUCCCUCCGCGCAAGAGGAGUGCCUCUCGAGACAGGAACCCUUCUCUGAGAAGUUCCAAGCGCCUCUCCCCUGUUAGGCGCUCUCCUCCUCGCAGACGCGAUUCUCCUGGCAGACCCUCUACUCCUGUUAGGCCCCCCUCUCCUCGCAAGCGUUUGUCGCCGGAUAGAAGCGCCUCUCCUCACAGACGCGCCUCUCCUAGCAGGCUCCCGGCACCAAUCUAUGCCCCCAUUAUACUUAAGAGGGUAAUGGUGCCCCUUGUGACACCAGCCACACUCUCAGCUCUAUUACACUGUGUCUUAUAA